GUCAGUAUAUCAAAGCUGAUAUUCUUUUUUCUAAGGCUUUCAGAUACGACCAGAAAUUGAGGGUCCACAGAACAAAAAGAAAAGGGGGAGGGGAGGAGCACACAAUGCUCACAGUAUAUUUUUAUACAUAUUUACAGAAGGAAGAGCUGUGCUAUCCAAACUUGAGCUUUCCCCAUGGAUGAGCCAAACAUAACGUUUCAUCCCAGUGAAGGCACAGAGAACAUCUCAAUGCACAGAAACUUUUCAACACAGGAAAGAGUCUGGGAGAUAUUGACCCCACUUUGGGUAAUUAUGGUCAUCUCCUUCCUGGGUUUUUGUGAAAAUGGAAUUGUCCUCUGGUGCCUCUGCUUCCAGAUCAAAAGAAAUCCAUUCACUGCGUACAUCACACACCUGUCCAUUGCUGACAUCUCCUUACUGCUUUGUACAUUUAUUCUGUCCAUUGAGUACAUUGCUGGCUUUGGAUUUGCGUAUGGUUUUUACUAUUAUAUAACCACCACACUGUCUAUUGUCUUCCUUCUCGGAUAUAAUACUGGUCUCUAUCUCCUGACAGCCAUCAGUAUUGAGAGGUGUCUUUCUAUUGUUUACCCCAUCUGGUACCGAUGCCACCGGUCACAGCACCAAUCAGCAAUUGUGUGUGCAAUUCUGUGGACUCUGUCUUUUCUGAUGACAGUAGCCGAAUACAUAACAUGCAAAGAUGAUUCAACAAAGGAACAAUUUGACGAUGGCAACCAUUGCAAAGCACUGCUCAUCUUCACAUGGAUCCUGACUUUCAUGAUCUUCAUUCCUCUAAUGAUUCUGUCCAGCCUGAUCUUAGUUAUCAGGAUUCACCGUAACUCCCUGAGACCUCAUUCGUCAAAGCUCUACAUCAUCAUUGUGGCCACAGUCAUUGUCUUCCUCAUCUUUGCCAUGCCUAUGAGGCUGCUGUAUCUUCUGAAUUACCACCACUGGUCAUCUUUGCUCAGCCAGAAGAACCAUGUCACCAUUGUUCUCUCCACUGUUAAUAGUAGCAUCAACCCCCUUGUUUACUUCUUCGUAGGAAGCAGCAAGAAGAAGAGAUUCAAGGAGAGUCUCAAAGUGGUUCUUAGUCGAGCACUUGCUGAUGGGUUGCGGCCGAGAAGCCAGGAAGUUGGCAUGAGUUUGGAUAUAGCUGAAACAAUUUUUUAAAGCUUGGGGUGUAUGUGUGGGGGGAACUCUAGGGGCAAAUAAUUGGACUUUGACAGUUUAAUAAACCACUGCAAAGCUAAAAGUAUUUUUUUUCCAUAGAAUGCAAAAAGCAGUGGUGAAAUGGUACUGUCAUCUUCGGUGACUGAGCAAUGGAAAAAUAUGGACUAGAAUAACGAUAACUUUUAUUUGUAUUUUCUUAAUUAUUCAAACACAUGCUACAUCCUGAUGUGACUAUGUCAAUCAAAGAUACCACAGUGGAAAACAAAUGGGCCAACAGAGAAUAUAAAAAAAGGACGCAGAAAUAUGUUAUAAAUAGUGUGACAUUUAUACAAGCACUGAGCACCCAUAAAUGCUAUUGAAGUCAUCAGGGCCUGUGUGUAUUUGCAUUUUUGAAAGUCAAAUCCACUAAAUGCAGGAUUCACGUUACACACUGGGAUUUAGUUUCAAUUGUUUCCAGCUUGCUUAAGUGCGCAAAAGAGUUGCUCCCUGGGGGAAACAGAGGAAGAAAACCCUGUAUGAGAGUAAGUACCCAUACAUACCCACAAACAUAUGGUGUAGUUUUUGUCUAGCAAAACAUUUAGGUAGAUAUUAAAUAGUCAAGUUCCUCUGUUGUUAAGAGUCUGUUUUCAAAGUGUGUGUUGCAUAAAUUCCAGUGACAUCAACAUUUCUCUGGGUCCUUGGAUAAUUCGGUACCUGACACACAGGAGCAGCUGGCAACAUAGAGAUGUUGUCAAGUCACAGAGGGUUUCUGCCCUAAUUAUGAAGGGUGGGGCUGGCUUAUCCCCAAAAUGUCAGUGUUCCUGUACGUUUUGUUAUUGAAGGAGUCUAUGAGAAAGUCAGUCCCAACACUUGCUGUCCCAGCCACCUAGUAUUUCGUGGUUCCCUGGAGAAUAUAUAUUCCCUGUGUGGUCUCCUUGUUUUAUAACAGUCAGUUUUAGACAAACAGAAAAAAAGAAAGGUGCUUCACACAACGCAUGACUGGGGCUCCACCCCAGCCACACCGUUCCAGCCAACUCCCUCCAGCUGUUGAAUGCCAGGGUACCAGGGCUGGUAUUUUGUGUCAUUUAAUUCCCAGGGCCACUUGCCCAACUAUAGCCAAGCUGCAGAGCACAGAGGAAGACAAUAGAAAGGAGUCUGGACAGAGAUCUGUGGCACUUCCAAAGCGAUGUCUGGGAGAUGCAUUUGCUUCUGGCCCCCACGGAGCUCCAAAUUCAGCAGGAACUGAGACCUCCAGCCACAGGCAGAAGCAGCAUCUUCAGCUUCCCGCCAAGUUUCCAUUGGCACACUUAAUAGCUAACUGGGGAAAGAAAAAUACAACCUACCCCUCCUUUGCUGAAAGAUUGCCAGUCCUGGAAUAAGGAAGACGGUAGGUUAAGACUGAGGAUUGGAUGGGAAUUCACACAGAGAAGAGAUCUCAGAGGGAGAAAUAUUCCUUCUAUGCAAGCACCCCUUUCUCCUUACAUUGAAGUGUUGUAGUAUGUCACUGCAGAAAACUCAGGAAAAGGAAGAGGUUACUCUUGUAUCUUCCCAAUUCCCUCACUCCAUCAAAACCUUUAUCUGUGACAGCCCUUCUGCUUGUCCCAGUUUUUGUCUUUGAAAUUUUAGUCCCAGGCUCGUCACCUCAUCUACCACCUGAAUGGUGGCAGAUUAGUGCAGUCUGCUCCUCUCCAAGGGCAGUGAUCUACUGUACUGCUGGAAUGACAAAUGAGCAGAGCAGCUCCCCAUUGCCAAUGGUGAGUGCAAGACAUGGCAAGCAGGUCUGUGGACACCCUGUCGGGGUCAGAGGGAAUGAGUGUGUGUGAUGUCCACAUACAUGUGGCAUCUAUGUGCAUGGACCUGCUGGGGGACUGUUGAGGAAACUGUCGACAGUGACAAAUGCCAUAAACUUGAAUACUAGGGUAGAUCUAGCCCAGAAAAACAAACAAACAAGCAAACCAAACCAACUCUUUUCUCUAAGGCCAUUCCCUACCCUUACCUCAAGUCCCUUUAUAAUAAUCACAUGGAGAGGUGCAGAGUUGCAGUUGCUGUAACCAUGCAUGUAACCUACUACUCUCAAAGUGAUUCAAGUGACACAAGGCAUAUUAUUUACAGUGCUUAAACAUACCCAGAUUAUUUUAACAGGUUGGGGUUGAGGAUCACUAUACAUGCAGCCAGGGCAGUAUGAAGAGGCAAUGAUAUGCAUCAGGGCAAUCUGGGUAUAUGUGAGCUGAAUAGGUGCUUUAGGACUUUCAGCUUCUUACCCCUUUUCGCUUGUGCCUGGCCAUGCCCUCAAAUGUUUCAGAAUUUGGACUGCUGCCCAUAGAUCAGUUCAAAGAGUAGAAAAAAUUAACAUAUUAACAUUCAGCAGGAGAUGAACAUCUAGAAGGGUGAAUGAGAAUGAACAGUUAACAAUUGAAAAAUGAUUAAUAUUUCCCAGUCCACAGAUAAAAAUAUCUCAGGACUGUUCUUUCUCCUUUAUCACGGCACCUGAUGACUCGUCUUCUGCAUCAGGCAGACAAGCUGCAGUACAAGCGGAACUUAUCAGCACAUUAUUCCAUUACUAAAAAAAAAAAAAAAGAAAAAAAAAAACUCAGGGAAAAUGUGACACUUCAUUUGUUGCACAACAGGAACGUGGUUCUCCAGAAGCCUGCAGUUUAAAAAAUUAUUUGUAUCUGUGGGAAAGGAUGAAAUAACCCUGUGCAGAUCAGGUGGUGUUAAUAACCACUUUGCAGUGGUGCAGAGCUGGAAAGAUUGUCUUGUAAGUAAAGUACUAGCCAUGGAGUUUAGAGGUGUGGGUUCUGUUUUAAAGCAGUCUUGGCACGUAAUUUUUCUGUUCCUCCCUUUCCUGCCUAUAAAAUGAGGAUUAUAUUAUUCUGUUUCCAGUGUUGUGCCUUCACAUUUAAACUAUAGACAUUUCAGAACUGCAGCUAUCUCUUGGUUAUGUCUUUUAAUGCACUGGGCAAUAAGGAUUCAAUUUUGCUGUGCGGUAAGACGAGGAAUCAUUCAGGGAAGAAAUGCCCAGGAUAGUGCUUGCUUUAUUAAAAUUCUCUUUACCAAACUUCUGUUCUACUUGAUACUACUGAGUGUUGUGGGAUAUAAAAGUGUCAUCAGAAAUGCAGAGAGAAACGCAGAAAUGCACUUCCCUUGGGACUGCACAUAGUUUUUUGCUGUGGUAGCUACUCCCUGCUGGAGAGGACAACAUGGGGCAGGUUGCUGUACAGGUUCAGGUCCAAAACUAUGCAAUCAGUUUAUGCAGCAGCUUUCUUCUGUAACUCACAGACUUUGUGAAUGAUCCUUGUGACAGCAAGGGCAGAGGGGUGAGGAAGAGCUAAGGGAAAUUGAAAUACUUCCCAGUUGUACUGGUUGCUGAUGUAGGGUUUUGCAAACAGAGAGGUUCAGUACAAGGGAUCAUGUAUCACUCCUUGAGUUCCCCGUAUCAUGGAUGCCUGAUGAGACAGUGCCCAGAGAGGCCGUUUGAAUCUUUAGCUGACUUUCAUCUUCCACAUUCUGCUGUUCUUUCCCCACACUGCUUUCUGGUCCUGCAAAUACCCACCACUCUCAAUCUGUUAUGCUAGACCUGGACUGUGUACUCUUGCCCUGGUGGUGGGGUGUUCACCCCUUUGGUAGCCCCAGUGGGUAUGAGGGUGGAACCUAGCUGUGUGCCCACCUCUCCUUCCCCAGCACUGCCUGGUUUCCUGCAGAAAGGACAGCUGCUGCCUGUGGCUUGCAGCUACUCCUUUAGUUCAAGCAGUGGCAUUCCUGGAUUGCUGAUGCUAUAGCAAUGUUACUGGUCAGCAGAGGUACCAUUCUAAGACGGUACCUAGGUCAAGAGAAAGUGGAAAAUUGGUGUGAGCUUGUGUGUAGCUGCCAUAAUAUGCUGACUGCCAUGUCUGUACUUUGCUGCUUAUCUUCCUAACUGCAUGCAGAAAUCAUCUGUUAAGAUUCACUACUGGGGGCUUCUAGCUACUUAUGCGACAGGAAGGCCAGUUUGCUCACCAUUUGGUUGGCCAGGUGCUUUCGUGAUGUCCACAUGGGGUUAUUUUGCUUUUCCAGUUGGCUCCUACAAGCCUAAAAGAUGAAGCACCAGGGUCCACAUCGAAAUAAAAGAAUUGUAGGUGCAAAAUUCAAAGAAGAGGUACUGAGAUGAGGUGGCAUGCAUGAUCCUAAUACUUUUGCCUUGCAUGUAGUAAUUCCAUUUUUAAUUAUAUGACUACAACCUAUUUUUUUCAAAACUGGACUCUUAACUUAUUAUGUACACAGACUGGACCUGCUGCUGGUAUAGUUAGUAUUUCUAGAAACCCUGCUUCACUUAUUCCAGAAAAAUGGAGGGUAGGAAAGAAGAGAGAGUGGACAUGGCAGUGUCCCUCUGGUCCCAAAUGCUGUCUUCAGCAGUGGUCACAAGCAAAUGCCUACAGAGAGGAAGAAACAGGGCAAACACAUAUCACACUUCCUUCUCAUCCCCUCCAAGCCUUCAAGAGCUAUUAGCUCAGAAACUUCCUGGACUAGAAAUCUUUGUAUUUGGUAACUUUCAAUGGAUUCCCUUCAACAAUUACAUCUGACCUCCACUGGAGGCCAUACAAGUAUUUUAUGUCAUCGACACUGUUUCACAGCUUAAUUAAAUGUUUCCUGAAAAAUAUCCUCCUUCAGGUUGUUUUGAUCUGCCACUUCCUAGACCUUUUAAGGCCCCUAAUUCCUAUAUUUGAACAAAAAUGUUAACAAUCUGUUCCGACCAACCUGUCUGUGUUGCUUGUGAUCGAACAGAUAUCUUUGUACCUCCCAACAGCUAUUUCUCCUUUGACUUCUUUAUUUUUUUAAAAAAAAAAACCCUGUCCUUGCUUUUAAGGAGCUCCUUUCUUGACAAUGAGUGCAACUGUCCACAAUUUUGUUACUCCUGCAAAGAUCUGGCUGUAUUAUAGUGGCCACUGCACAGCAGUGUUUUGACAGUGGCAUUUUGAACCAGGUUCUAUAUGUUACUUAGAAGUCAGGGGAUGCUUUUCUCCUCACCAGCCCCUGUGCCAGUUGCUCCUUGGAGAGUUGGUGACUACCUGAACCAGUGUCCUUGGCCCCAUGCUCUGACGUGACCAUCACGCUGCCAUGGGACAGCUGCUGCCCCGCAUCGCUGCCCCAUGCUCCGCCUUCACAGCAGCUACAGUCCCCCUCAGCACCUUGGCUGGGCAGCCAGUGAGACAGAAAAUAGAAAAAAUGUAUUUUUAAAAUUCCAACUGGAAUUUUAGUCCACAGGUUUGAAAUCUAGACUAACAUGUUAAUCUGUAACAGUGAUUUUUAUCCUAAACUUUCUCCAAUUUGCUGCAAUUAUUCCACCACUAACACUCUCUAUGUAUCUUUCCUCUAUAGUUUGUACCUUAGUAUUUCAUGGUCAUCCUGAAGAUGUGUUCUCAAGAGUAGAAAUAAAUUCUCACUUGGAUUCUAUCAUUCUAACACCAUUAAGCAAGAAAUGACACUACACAACUAUUAUUUUUAUUUUUUUUUUUUAGAAUAGGAAUAACUUUAAAUUAGGUAUUUAUUUAUCCGAUUAAGAAUUUGCUUUUAUGACAAAUAUGGACCUUGAAAAUUGGACUUUAUAGCAAAUAAACAUAUGAUAAAAGGUAAAAGAUUGUUGAGGUAAACAAUAAAUUAAAAUAUCUCUAGAAACAAGUAUUUUUAUGUAUAAAGCGUCUACAAAGAGAUGUAAAACUUUCAACAGCUAUCUGCAGAAGAUGGAGUGAACAUCCUGAUGUCACUGUUCUAUCUCACAAGUAAAAAAACAUUUGCUUAAAUGUAUUGGGGAAGGGUGUUUUAUGUUCUAUGUUGUCUUUGAUCUAUCUGGAUUUAUUUUUUGACUCAAAGAACGACAUGUGUUUCAGAUAUAACUUUAACAUAUUAUUUAUAGGACAAAAGUUCUCUUUAUUACAAGUGAAGAUUUUCAGAUGAACACAUACUCCAAGCUCGCUGAAGAUACUCAAUUACAUACUACAACAAAGUGUAAUUAUUUUGGUGAAAAUAAAGAUGAAGAACCAGCAAUUUUUGUUUUGGCUAUUUUUUAUAUUUUUUUCCUUGGGUUUGGUCUGGAAGGGACCUGCCUUGAAGAAGGGGACAGGCUGGGCCAGUCAGACCAGUGUUGGAGCAAUGAACGAUACCUCUAUCGCUAACCUUGGCACGGCUGAGGUCCUCUGUAAAUAUACCUCUAUUUACUAACUAUAUUCUUUGUUAUAAGCUCUCUUUUGGUUCAUUUAUCAGUUACCAUGUAUCUUUUUGAGCACAAGACUGGCCUCUGUUUCUUAGCAGCCUUCAGUGCUGAGAAACUUUUAUCUGUACUUUUCCCCAUCUGGAUUUGAUGUCACCUCCCAAAGCAUC